AUGUACAGAUUGUCCAUUGACAAGGGUAGAUUACUGGAUGAGGGAAGAAGUCAGAUUCCCUUGAUUCACACGCCAGUGUUUGCGGACUUCAUGCUCUUAGGACUCUCUGGCAGACAGGAUGUGCAGCAGGGGCUCUUCGUGCUCUUCCUGCUGGUUUAUGGCAUCACGGUGAUCGCCAAUCUAGGGAUGAUCCUGCUGAUCAACGUGGACCCCCGACUCCACAUGCCCAUGUAUUACUUCCUGAGCAAUCUGUCUUUCUGUGAUGUCUGCUACUCCUCCACGGUCUCUCCCAAGAUGCUGGCUGAUUUCUUAUCUGAGCAAAAGAAGAUUGCAUAUCAUUUAUGUGCCAUUCAGAUGUUUGCUUUUGGUGCCUUUGCAGAUGUGGAAAGUGUCAUGCUGUCUGUCAUGGCGUAUGACCGCUAUGUAGCCAUUUGUAAUCCACAUCUGUAUACAACAGCCAUGUCCAGAAGGGUCUGUACCCAGCUAGUGGCCAUUGGGUACAUCCAAAGUUUGUUGUGUUCUGCAAUCUUUACCUAUUGCACAAGAUAUUAUUCAAAAACAUUUGUUCAAUAA